AUGAGGCCCCCACGCUGCCUUCACAGCCACCUGUGGAGGUUGAACCUUUGCCAGUUCAACAGGAGGCUCCAGCCCAAUCUCCAGAAGCCGGUACACAGAAUAAACCUUCAGUACAAGAGGAGACCCCAGCUCACAUCCAACCUCACGCAGUAUCACGUUAAACCUUUGGACCUGGAGCUUACCACAACUCCAGAACCUACUACAGAGUCUGACCAUUCUACAGCCCUGCAGCAGACUACAGCUCCCCCUCCAAAACACCCUCAGGUGACACUUGCACAGCCAAACCUGACUCAAGUCACAGUUCCACCUGUGGACCUGGGAGUUAACAUAUCUCAGCAACCAAGGCCAUCUGAGACAGUCCUUUUUCCUUCGACUCAGUAUUCAGUAUCCCCUGGUCUUCCUGGUGUAAAAUAUACCCCAGAAAAGAAGCAGCCAGAACAGAAUGCCACCACAAACAUCAGCAUAUGUGAGCUCUGUACCUGCAAAAAUGAGACACUGUCGUGUGUUGGUCUCAGCCCAAAGCAGAAGCUCCACAGAGUGCCUGAGCCAGAGCCUAACGCCUACAACGGCACCUUCACCAUCAUAAAUUUCCAAGGAAACUCUGUUUCUUACAUUGCUGAAAGUAUAUGGAAGGCAUACCGCUGGGCUGAGAAGCUAAUUCUCAGUGAAAAUUAUUUGACUGAAUUACAUAAGGACUCCUUUGAAGGCUUGCUAUCCCGCCAAUAUUUAUUUAUUCUCAUAGAAUUGCAAAAGGGGAAGAUAAAAAAAGAAGCAGAAGCCACACCCCCAGCAAAUGCUGCAUGUGCGACUAAGUCCGAAGCAGACUGGUGUGAAGCGCAUCUAGAGAGUAACGUGUUUCUGCCCAGCGCCGCUGUGCAGUGUUUUCUCUGCACGAGGGCACUUGGCCAAGGGCCAAGAAAGGGGCUUUUUUCGAUUUCUGCUGCGUAAGAGGAGCUCAGGGGAAAGUGAGAGGCAGGUAAAUUUGAGGGGGAUAUAGUACUGUGGCCAGAGAAAGCAGGGGAGAUGCUGAAUUAAUAUUUCCCUUUCUGAGUUCCAGGAGGGCUUUUUCGGGAGAAGGCAGCCACUUUGGCUUAGGGAUAUGUAUAGGCCUCUCAACGCCACAUGCAAGGAAAACAUGGCACAGAAGCUACACGACAGGGAGUCUUCUGAUGAGGACGAGAUAUUCUAUAAGGAUGCAGGGUAAAUAAUAGAGGACAAUUUAAAAUUCUCCUCUAAAAUGAGGAAAUAAUGAAAACUAUAAUUGUUCCUUUCAAAAGUAAAAGCCUUGGCAUUAUUCUUCUUACCCCAGGGAAGUCAUCAAAGCCCCAGCAGAGAAGCUUCUGGCUGCAUAUUGGGUUGAUGAAGGGGCGGGUGAGGAAAGUGAGACAGCACACGAGACUGCCACAGAGUGAGCCCUGUUCUGCCUCAAGCCACCUGCAAAUUUUAUUUUCUAAUAUUGGCUUCUCAGCAUUGCUUGUAAAAUACUUAUUUUUCUCAUAUUAAAGUGUAUAAAUUCAUAACCAAGUCUAACCAUGUGGUAAGGAAUUAAAAUGUAAAUAGUUGAAUAUUUAUAUACCAAUAACAGGGUCCUGCAAGAAGAAGCAGAGCUGAAACUAGAAUCCCUCAUGGUAGCCAGUACUUCCACAAGAGGAAAUGUGAGCAAAGGAGGAUGAGUAGAAGGAUGAAGAGGGGCUUCCCUCCCUUGUUUCCCCAGUAUCAUCAGUCCCUGGGAACUGGAAAACAUACCAUCCUCAAGGGGCAUAGAUCAUUAAAUCAAAUAGCAAUUUAUUCUGGUGCUUUCUCUCCUGGUUCUUCAAGUACCAGUUAUUUACAACAUGCUUGACCUCCUGCCCAUAGAGGAUCAUCUACUUCUGGCCCCUCUCGUACGGUCAUUGGGGUUGCCAGAAUAUUUGGAUCACUGGUCCUCCCUCGACUGUGGAGCCAAGGCCUGACUUUUCUCCCAAGUUCUCAAACUCAUGUACAAAUGUGUACCCUGUCUAGGUAGGGGGUUCUCCACCAUUUCAAGCUGGUGGAAAAUUCCCAUUGGGUUGUUUUUUUUCUUUAAAAAAAAAUCCGAACCCUUGGAUAACUAGCAGGGAGGUGCCAGAAAGACAGGGUAAAGAAGAAUGUGUGAGAGCAGCCAUUGCCCAAGACGGCCCUCCUCAGGCCCUGGCCUCUCCUGACCCCACUGAGGGUCAGCUGUGUGCUGCUCGGCUCCCUCCAGCUCAGCCCAGCCCCAAACCUACCCACCUCCUGCCUCACCCAGCACAGACCCAGGGCUGCAUGAUUCCAAGUGCUUAUAUAGUGACAGUGCCACCUGCGGAAGGUGCAAAGGCUCUUCCACUCCUGCUAAGAAAGUCAUUAAUCACAUUUCUUAAGUCAGUGAGAGUUAAAUACAUUAAUGAGUAAAAGAAAUUCUGAAUGAACAAGAUUUGAUAAUCUACCAAAAUGACCACAGAUAGUGCUGGUGGUUUAGUAAUACAAGGUGAAGAACUGUGCAAGCCAUGGGGUGAUAGCACACGGUCCCCCAGAGGAUCAGUGGGCCUGGGAGAUAGCCCAGCAGGUUCUGCCAGUUGGAUGGGGUUCCAAGCAAAGUGAACGGCCCAUCAGUUCUUCUGAGUUAUGAGUUUGCUGAUGCUGCAUGAGAGACAUCUGUUCUCUCAGUGCCUGCCCAAGUCACCUCCCAAAGGUUCUUACUGAGAAUGAAAAACAAGUGUUUUUCUCUGGGCGGUGACUUCAGUGAGCCAACAAGUAUUUACUGUGUUUAAGGCGCAUGACUAAUACUACUAACAAUAGGAAGCAGCAGCAGCUAACAUUUACCACUUGCUUGCUUGGUGCCAAGCCCUGGGUUAGGCAUCUUAUGGUCUUAUUUAGCCCAACAGUCCGUGGAAGCAUAUCUUGUUAUCCUCGUUUGACAGAUAGGAAACAGGAUUUAAAGAAUGUAGGUAACCUGCUCAAGGACCCAAGGCCCCACGUCCAAAAGUGUGAGUUAAGGUUGGAGCCCAGAACUGUUAGACUCCAACAGGGAUGCAGAGAAGUAUAAGCUGUGUUUGCCACCAAAGAGUUGAUAACAAUGAUAAUAAUGAGGAGAAGGAGGCAGCUGUUUAUUGAGCACCUGCUAUGGACCAGGUACAGUACUAGGCACUUUGGUUACACUAUUAGGUCACAAGAAUGGAAAGUCCCCAUGCCCGCUCAAACUCUGUAAUGAGUGGGGGUCUGAUUUCAGUAAGAGAGGUGGUCACAAAGACAGGGAGCUGACGAGAAACCAGGGGUAGAGAUCCUUGUACUGCUGGGCUUCCCAAAGUGUGGACCAGGAUUCCAGGUAGCUCCAGGUUCCUAGUUUGGGAUAUUUCCAUUAUUUCAAAGUUGGUACAUAAAUGAGGCUUAGAUAAUAUUUUUUGUAUCAUACUACCUCAGAUUUGCACAAUUUUUUAUUAGUCUCAAAUGCUACCCUACCAUAUUUCUAAAUUAAAAUUGCCAAGAGUAAGAUUCUGCUUGGUCCAGCUUGACCGAGAUUGGGCAGUGUUUUUGCCAGAGCCAGAGACUUCACCUGGCCAGCCUGUGAGUGAGCUGUCUCUCCUUGGAUCAGGGAGUCAUCCCUGGCUGUGGCCCAGAAGCAGGAGGGGUGCCCAGGGUCAGGUGGUACAACACAUGGCCGCCUGGGGCUGCCUCUGUCACCAUCUUAUGAUGGACAAUCUAGCUCAGAGCCCAACUCCUUACUGAGACCUGAGAGAUAGAAGGGGAGAGGGAGAUACAAGGCCAACAGCUACUGAAUGAAUGCAAAUUCUGAUUCCGAUGAAAUCUGUCAGAGAAUUUAGCCACUUUUUAAAAGAUAAUGAAAUGAGACAAUACAUGAUUAAGGCAAAAAUGAUACAGGGAAGAAAAUUGUAGGAUUCAGAGGAGGGAAGGUUAGGAAACUAGGGAGGGUCCAUGAAAAAGGUAGAACUUGAUCUGGGCCUGGAUUAUAUGCCAGACACUGUGGCUGGUGCUGGGGAAAGAGUUGAUGAGGACAAAGUCCCUUCUCUGUGGGGCCUUAAGACUGAGAGGAGGCACAGACACCUGAAGAUAUAUUAUACAUAGAAGACAGUGUGUUGACAUGACAAUGGCAGUGUACCAAGAAGUGGUUCAGCUCUUGGUUGGCUGGAAAGGAGUAAAUGUGAGGGAUGGCUUAGAGGAGGGGAAGAAGAAGAAAGCCAAACAGAAGUUUCUUGGGAGGACGAGAUGAAGGAAAGGCAUUCUAGACGGAGGACAGUACAGAGGCAAGAAGCAUGAAACCUUGGGUGGGCUUGAAGCGUGUGCAGUCUGGUGUUGCCAAGCAUGAAGCACAAGGAGGAAAGGGCAGUAGGUGAGGCUGUGCGGGCGAGCAGAGACCCAAUCCCAAAGGGCCUGGUCAAGGCGCAUGGCCUUGACCAAACAGAGCACAAACUACAAUGUUUUAAAUAGAGAAGAGACAUGACCAAGCUUGAGUUUUAUAAAGAGUACUUUGAUGGUGGCCUAAAAGUAGAGAGGCCGAGAGGUCAACUUGGGUGUUUAGACCAAGUAGGAACUGGGAGAAAAUGGGGCACCAGACCAGAGGUUUUGAUGCAACUGAAGAGCAUGUAUGCUGGAUACACAUGAGUGAGAACUGGAAGGACAAGAGCUUGUGUUCAGAGAAUGAAAGAUUGUACAUUUAAGAUUUUUUAUGACAAAUUCCAGAUGAUGAUAAGGUCCAAAUGUAACCUGGGAAUGGAGAUCAGUGAGGUGUUGGGAAUCCAGAAGGUGAUGAGAAAUAAUUCGGAUAGUCCUGGACACUCAUUCCUUUCCCCUUUCAGUAGCUCAGUAAAAAGCUAGCUCAGCAGGUACCAGCGAGCUCAAUGGAACAAAUAGGCUCCCCCUCCUACUGCGACCAUUUCUGUCACCAAGCAGUUGCCACUGUUAGUAGUAUAGACGUUCCCUGCCUCACCAUCCCUGUAACUGUGACGCACUCCAGGCUGGCUCCUCCUCUACGGGAACUCUGGUCAUGGGACACACAAUCCAGCUAAGUCUGGUCUAAUCCCCUUCUCUGAAAGCUUGAGGGAUUGAGUGCACCCUGUUAUUGUUCUGCUUAUAAGUACCCCCCGCCCUGAACAAUAAAAGCCUACUGUAUAUUUGCACAGUAGGGGGUUGAGGAAUUUCGUGCCCAGGAAAAUCUGUGGGUUGUUGGCAUGGUAAGUAUUGUGGUAGAUGUGGAACCUAGAAAAAUGGUACAGAUGAGACGGUUUGCAGGGCAGAAGUUGAGACAUAGAUGUAGAGAACAGAGAUAUGGACACCAA